CGUUACAACUACGUUAGUGCUCGCCCGUAACGGUACAGCGGAGUGGAUAACGUUAAAAUGCCAGCAGUUGUCUAAAGUCAUUCAGUGAUGUAGUGCCCGAGGGCAGUUAGUUAUACGAUUGGUAGCAGCAAUGCUAUCUCAUAACAAGCUGGUGACAUGCCUCUUGUUUACAUCCUUGUACCUGCUAGCUUAGGAGGUUAGCACAUUUCACGUCAGCGACAAUAUAAAGACACGCAGCGAGCCUGAAACACGCAGCUAUUGUUUGUCAGGCACUUGGGCAUCGUCCGCCCCUUUUCGCUUGUAUAUCAAAGAAGGGGAAGCCAGAGCAGCCGACGCUCCCUGUGUGUUACCACAGCAACGGAGCAGGAGGAAGAGGCGCUGUCACCUCGAUCAUUGGGAUCUCCUGCCAUGCCUGUGACUAGCUGCUUCGUCAUCUCUCUGCCACACCCUGCUGAGGAAAAAGGACAUCCACCUGACCUUGAUGCUCACAUCAGCCCAACCCUCACGUUUUUUCUCUGUUACUGAGAGCUGUAGAGAAGAACAAGGGGAGCAAAGAACUGAAGAGAAUCUGAAAAUAAAAGGACAGAACGAAAGCAAAAAAAAAGCACCGAAUCUGAACAUGUUCGAAAUAAGCCGAACACUCAACGCCGCUUUGUUGAGCAAUGAGCGUCUCAAGAUGAUGGCGAGGUACGGGCAGCUCUCGGGACUAGCAGCCAGUGGCGUGGGCUCCGUCCCCGAGACGCACUCGCCGCUAUUUCCCAGGGAUCUCCUGUCAUCGCCAGCCCAGAUGGGCUACAGGUCACCCCUGGGGUCGACAGAGACACAGUGGCGUCAGGCAGAGCUCCCACAGCUCCAGGGCUGGGCAGAGAAGGGAUUGCUGACACAGCCAAAGAUGAUCAUCAGUAACAUGGAGGCUCCAGUGACAAAUGGCCCCAGCGGAGGAGGCAACACAGCCAACGGGCCGACCACCAACAGUCGCGGCUGCCCCUCGCCCAUGCAGACUGGCCAAUCAAAUGACGACAGCAAGACCAACCUCAUUGUCAACUACCUGCCCCAGAACAUGACCCAGGAGGAGUUCCGCAGCCUGUUUGGUAGCAUCGGCGAGAUUGAGUCCUGCAAGCUAGUUCGCGACAAGAUCACAGGACAAAGUCUGGGUUACGGCUUUGUCAACUACAUCGACCCAAAGGACGCAGAGAAAGCCAUCAACACGUUAAAUGGACUUAGACUUCAGACCAAAACAAUCAAGGUGUCAUAUGCGCGGCCCAGCUCAGCCUCCAUCCGUGACGCCAACCUCUAUGUGAGCGGCCUGCCCAAGACUAUGACCCAGAAGGAGCUGGAGCAGCUCUUCUCCCAGUAUGGACGCAUCAUCACCUCCCGUAUCCUCGUCGACCAGGUCACAGGCCCCGCAGGUGGCUCCCGAGGUGUGGGCUUCAUCCGCUUUGAUAAGAGGAUAGAGGCCGAGGAGGCCAUCAAGGGCCUGAAUGGACAAAAGCCAUCAGGUGCCGCCGAGCCCAUCACAGUCAAGUUCGCCAACAACCCCAGCCAGAAGACCAGCCAAGCCCUUCUGUCACAACUCUACCAGUCCCCCAAUCGCCGAUACCCAGGACCCCUUCACCACCAGGCUCAGAGGUUCAGGCUGGACAAUUUGCUUAAUAUGGCCUAUGGCGUAAAGAGGUUCUCCCCCAUCACCAUUGACAGCAUGACCAGCCUGGUUGGCAUGAACAUCCCUGGGCACACAGGCACUGGCUGGUGCAUCUUUGUGUACAACCUGUCCCCAGAUUCGGAUGAGAGUGUGCUCUGGCAGCUGUUUGGGCCCUUCGGUGCGGUCAACAAUGUCAAGGUGAUCCGUGACUUCAACACCAACAAGUGCAAAGGCUUUGGCUUCGUCACCAUGACGAAUUACGACGAGGCGGCCAUGGCCAUCGCCAGUCUCAACGGCUACAGGUUGGGCGACCGCGUCUUGCAAGUCUCCUUCAAGACUAACAAGACACACAAGUCCUGAACUUUAGCAGGUAGAAGCAGUUGCCCCGCGACUUUGUCUGCCCCAAA